CGUAGACGUACCGCGAGCAGAAGUACAGCCGUACGCGUAGUGCUACCAGGUGGGAGUGCUUUCGAAAUAUGCAUUCUCUCUUCGAUUGAAAAAGCACAGUGAGAGGAAGCGACAAAUCGGUUCCGCCAAAAGCUUGCCAGAACACACUCUAAUCUAUCAUGGCACCAACUCAAGCACAACAGAAAGCUGCUAGGGCCAAGGUCUUGGCAGGUGGAAAACCCGCGAAAGCUCGAACGCAACGCUAUUUGAAAUCGAUCGAACCCCAGCUACGUGAGGGAGCCAAAAGUACGCUUCUUUUGAAAGGAAUAAAAUGCAGUCAAGCCAUGGGAAAUCUUUUGAAAGACAUGCGAGCUAUGCAGGCACCCAAUGCAAAACUGAUGUCCAAGAAGAAUCAAAUCGUAGCCUUCGAUGAUAUCGAAGGGCAACAAUCGUUGGAGUUCUUGACAACGAAGAAUGAUUGUGCUCUUUUUGCGUUGGCCAGUACCAACAAGAAACGACCUAAUAAUCUUGUUUUAGGAAGAACGUUUGAUCAUCAAAUUUUAGACAUGGUUGAAUUGGGAAUUCUUCGGUACAAGAGCAUUCAGAAUUACGGUGGAUCCGUCCCAAAGAAGCGCAUUGGCUCCAAGCCACUAAUGCUUUUCCUAGGUGACCUGUGGCAGCAAGAUUCUAAUUGCAAGAAAAUGCAAAACCUCUUGAUCGAUUUUUACCGGGGUGAUGUCGUGCAGAAGUUGGUUGUUUCUGGGAUUGAUCACUUGCUCGUCUUCGUAGCAUCGCAGCCACAACAAGGGGAUAAUGCCAACCCCAACAUUAACAACGAUCCAAAAUUGAUCAUAUACCAGCACACAUUCUUUUGUAAAUUAAAAAAGAAUCCGGAUGAUCCAACUUCGAAAGUUCCAAUUCCCUUCUUGGUUCCUUGUGGGCCCGAUAUGACAAUGCAAAUUCGUCGUACCCAAUUUGCUGAACAAGAUCUAUGGAAUUUAUCCUUGAAGCAGCCGCAGGGAUUGAAGAAGAAAAAGAAGAAGAACAAAACCACCAACCUGUUUGGAGAGGUUGUUGGACGUUUGCAUAUUGAACAUCAAGAUGUCACAAAGAUGGGAGGUAGAAAGAGCAAAGCUCUUCGAAGAGCGGAACAAACUGCAAAAGAAGAAGAAAAUGAAGCACUUGAAGCCGAGCUUGGUAGGGAAAGAGAGGAAAUGCAAGAUGAGUUCAAACAAACGUAUGGCUUCAACAAGGAAUAAACAAUAAGAUUGUGUAAUUUAGAAGAAACCAAAUGGUCUAUGAUCAAAUUUGAAGUGGAGGCUCAAGAAUUUUUUAAUUUAUUAACCGAGGGUGUACUUUGGCUCGAUUCAUAAGUGCUUCGUGGGAAAUUUGUGCCGUACUAUGAUGACUAUUUUAGGCAGGACACCUUUCGAGUAUAUACGAGCGAGAGAUUACAAGCGAAAUGGGAAUAAACUUUUGACAAAUAAAAUGCUUUUAAUGUUACGUUGGAGUCUAAGAUUUCAUUGAGCUGAAGAUCAAAAGUGAAAACUACUCAUGGUACCUAAAGAAGUAAGAACAUGAUCAGUCGAGAAAAAAUGUAAGGAUUUGCUUGAUGAAGUUAACGUUCAAACGUGGGAAAGAAAGAUGAUGCUCAGAGAGUAUGGUCGCAUUUCAAAUUCAUCAAGGACAUUUAGGGUUGUCCCACUAUACAAAUCAACGAGCUCAAUCGCAAAGCAAUCCGGCUCAAGAAGACCUGCUGAAACAACAAGAAUAUUCAUAAUCAUAGCAAUCAAUUUGUCGCACAGAA